AUGAGCAACGUUCAUCGCAGAAAUGCUGUUGGUGAUUCUUUGCUCUCUUCGACUCCAUCUACCAACUCGACUAUAGCUUCUACUACUCAUGCCUCCUCGUUAGCACAGACUGACCAGAACAAGGGCACCAGCUCUGAUACUGAGCCGAACGCAGGCUCUUUCUCCUCACUCAAAACAAGAUUUGAACAAUUGUCACAACAACCAGCCAGUACAUCGUUAGGUAGGGGAUCUACCGGUAGACAUCGUUCUGUAGCCGACGUCGUUAGUUAUGAAUACGGAACUACUCGCAAGAUGCCAAUUUCUAAAGUAGCAACAGCUAUAAAUACAUUAAAUUAUUUGCAACAACAAAAGCAGCAGACUUCAAGGACAAUCACACCACCGCCUCCGCCUACACAAGUUCCUGCAAGAUCGACACCGCAAAAUGUGUUGACCCUCGCAAACCAGCUGGAAAACGUUAAAUCACCGCCCUUGACGUCUUCACAACAUGUCAAUACUGGCGCUCCCAAACCAUUACAUGUUACAAACAAAAUACCAUCAAAGACACCGACUUUACCACCCCGUCCUCCUCAAACUGCUGAUUCGGUCACACACCAAAUUGUCAAUCCUUUUGAAGAUCCAUUCGCUGAUGAAAAUGAUGUAGAUCAACAUGGAACUGAGGAUAGUUAUGACAACAUUAAUGUCAAUCAAUCCGACAGACCAACUAAUAGAUCUUUCUCAGAGAGACGCAGAUUGCAACGCCCCGCUCCGCUACCGAUCGAAUCUUCACUAUCACUAUCACGAGCCGCAGCCACAUUAUCCUCUCCUUUUGGAGAUGAAGCGGUAAUCGAUGUCCAGGUGCGACCAUCGUAUAGGAAUUCAUUAAAACCAUCUAUUCCAACCAGACCUCCGCGAUCUGCCGAAACGCUAAUCGAAUUAGAUGAAAGACACAACUUGAAACACAAUCGUAGUAAAUCAGACGUAAAGCCUGCUUUACCGCCACGUCCAUCGAUACGCGCUUUUUCAAAUAGCGAGAGGACAGACGAUAGAUCAACUAAUGUAAUAUCUCCUCACAAGACGGCUCAUCAAUCGUCCGAUAAGCUACAGCGACCAGCUAUUCCGCAGCGAAACCCAACUCCCGAUUCCGAAAAUUAUCGAGCAAAGCCUCGCCUCGCUGUCGCAUCACAGUCUCGUCGAGACCAUUCGGGGUCGGACUUGUCGGAUGAAGCAUCAUCAUCAUCGAAUGCACCGUUAGGUGGCCUUGGAAAACCGGAUUCUUCCCAUGUAAAUCGAUGGGCUCCGCGCUUUAAUGAUUUAAAAGACAUUAAUCCUAAGAACAAACACACACCAAAGUCAUUUGCCAUUUCCGGUGAUUUGGUGGUUACCGAUGGUUCUUCUAGUAUGCGUAUAUGGAAAUUACAGACGGGAGAAAAUGUACGCUCUAUACCACAUGACCAUUCGAAAGUGACAGCGUCAGUGUUCAGACCCACUAGACAAUUAGAAGACAUUGGACGCUAUCUAUGGUGUGGCACAUCCGAUGGAACUCUUUUUGUUGUUGACGUUAGCAUGGGUACCAUUAUAGAAACGACGUCAAAGGCCCACGAUCACUCCAUUAAUUUUAUACUUGUUCACAAACGCCAACUAUGGACAAUUGAUGAUAAUGGUAAAUUAAACAUUUGGUCGGAAACUAAUCAGAAUGAACUUACUCUCAAGUCAACGCCACGCUCACUAUCCGUUGCGAAUAAACAGACUUGUGCAUUGAUAGCAGACAAUGAUCUUUGGAUGGGGGCUGGUAAGUCUAUCGAGAUACACAGCUUUGCUAGUGGUCAAAGUAGCUCUAACAUAGUCUCGCAGACUAUGGAUAUUGGAUUAGGAGGUGUGACCUGUAUGACUCAAACCAACGAUGUGUCGCUUGUGUAUGUUGGUCACGAGAAUGGAAUGAUGACCAUCUGGAAUGCUCAAACGAAGGAUAAGCUUUCUGUUGUGCAAGCGUCAAUUUAUUGCAUAACAUGUUUGUUGGGUGUUGGCGAUUAUUUAUGGGCUGGUUAUAAGACUGGAAAAAUAUACCUUUACGACGUCAAGAAUAAAGAUUCAUGGGUAGUUCUUAAAGAAUGGCAGGCUCAUAAAUCCCCAGUAAUUGAUAUGAAGUUAGAUGAAGAUGCGUUAUGGCGACUUGAUAGACUACAAGUUGGUAGUUUGAGUGACGAAGGACAAGUCUCUGUCUGGGAUGGUCUAUUGAGGUCUGAUUGGCUUACAAACCAUAUGGCUUUACAUGAACAAGAUUACUGCAAGUACCGUAAUAUAACGAUUUUAAUCUGUUCGUGGAACAUUGAUGCCUCAAAGCCGCCUGAUCUUGAAAAAUAUGUUGAUGAUGCCAAGUUUUUAAGGCUCUGGUUCACAAGCGCCUCUUCACCGGAAAUAAUUGUUAUCGGCUUUCAAGAAAUAAUAGACCUGGAGUCUAAGAAAAUGACAGCGAAGACGAUGCUUAUGUCCAAGAAAAAGGCAGACAAACAGUUGAACGAGAACAUUACCCAGAGAUACCGUCUUUGGCGCGAUAGGCUAGUUAAAGCUGUCCGAGAGUACUCGUCUGCUAAAUACACUCUAAAAGUGUCAGAAAAUCUUGUUGGUCUUUUCUCGCUUAUUUUUGUUAAAGAGUCGGAAGAAAGAUCACUCAAAGACAUCUGCGUGAAGAAGUGCAAGACGGGUCUAGGAGGGUAUCAUGGGAAUAAGGGAGCCAUUGCUAUGCGGUUUAUCUAUGAUGAUUCGUCCGUAUGCUUCGUAAACUGUCACUUGGCGGCCGGACAAACGAGCGUUACUGCUCGUAACAACGAUGCGCAAAAGAUACUUGAAAACAUAGAAUUCGAAUCUUUAGCCAAUGACCUUGAUAGAAACACUCGUAACGAAUAUGGUCAGGUCUUUGUUGAUGGUGGGAAUGGUUCUAUAAUAACUGAUCAUGAGAUCUGUUUCUUUAGUGGAGAUCUCAACUAUCGGAUAGAGGUUUCCCGUGAGAUGGCUAUCGAUAAGAUAAACAAUAAGGACUUUGAUUACCUCCUUGAACGCGAUCAAUUGAUAAAACAACGCAAAAAGAAUCCGGGCUUCCGAUUAAAGUCUUUUAGUGAGGGUCGUAUUACGUUUGCACCCACUUACAAGUAUAACCCCGGAGAGGAUGUGUAUGAUACAUCAGAGAAAAAGCGUACGCCUGCAUGGUGUGAUCGAAUACUAUACAGGGGCAAAUGGAUCAAGUUAUUGAAUUAUCAAAGAUACGAGUGCAAAGUGUCUGAUCAUCGACCGAUUAGUGGGACAUUCCAAGCGAAAAUCAAGACAAUUAGGAAAGAAGUUCGUGCAGAAGUAGAAGACGAGAUCAAAGGCCAAUGGAAGGAGUAUUUAGAGGAGGAAAAGAAUACGAAGAAACUAUUGUGGCUUGUUAGGACUGGGUGUGACAUGGAGGAGGCUCGUAAAGCAUUAAGAGAAGGUCGAGGUAGCAUGCAUAAAGCCAUUAAUAGAUUAAAUAAAUUGAACCCACGAUAG